AUGGCAAGAGAACGAUUGACUCCGCCUUUACCAGAUACAAACAACCCACAUGUCAUUAUCUCUGUACGUCAUCCUGACCUAGGUUCGGUAUCCAGACCAUUCAGUUCGGCCUCCAAGAUGCUGGAUGUGUACAAUUGGAUAGGCUCUUUAGCUCCAUCCCCAGAACAUUUCUUCCUUGCACACGCCUUUCCACGAGCUUAUCUAUAUGCUGAUGAAAAUGUGUCUUCUGUGGGAUCAUCUGUCCUCUACCUGAUUAAACAGGAAGAUCCUGUUCCAUUGACUCAAUGUCACACAGCUAGUGAUAGUAGUCUCCCCUCGACCCAGCAAGAAAUGAUCGAGAGUGACAUCCAGAUAAUAUCUGAUCUUCCGAAACAGUUUAUGGAAGAGGAUACGAUCCCUACAUAUGAAGAACAAUGUGCCAUGGAGCUUAUGAAACGCCUUGAAGUAAAGCGCCGAACAAUACGAGACGAGCUUCCAUUACAUGAAGUGAUGGAAGUUAGCCGCAGCAAUUGUGUUAAAGAUCUCCUGGAGCUGUACAGAGAAAGUGAAAUUAUGAAAAAAAAGUACCUUUGCUAUUUAAAGAUGAAGAUGCAGCAGGCGAAGGCGUAA